UGAAGCUAACGCGCUCAUGGCUGGCGUGUGACGCCCUGCCGGGGGCGGGGCCUGGUCAGCGAAGGCAGCAUGUGCCUGGCGGCGGCCUCCAGCUGUUAGCUGGGCCGGGCGGGAGCCAUGGAGCAGCAGAGGGGCGAGUUGUCUCCCUUCUGCCAUAAGACGUCAUCCUUGGAGCGGAUGGAGGAGGAGGAUGACGAAGAGGAGGAUGAAGAUGAUGACGACUUGGACUUGUUUGGGGGUUAUGAUAGCUUCCGGGGUUACAACAGCAGUGUGGGCAGUGACAGCAGCUCCUGCCUGGACGAGUCUAGUGAUAAUGAUGUGGCAGAUCGUGAAGCUGGGGAGCUGCCCACCUCCCCUCUGCCGCUACAUCCGCCCACUACAGGCCGAUUGAUGGAGGACAGCGGCUCUGAGCCAGCUGUGUGUGAAAUGUGUGGGAUCGUGGGCACAAGGGAAGCUUUCUUUUCGAAGACCAAACGCUUCUGCAGCGUCUCCUGCUCCAGGAGCUACUCCUCAAACUCCAAGAAAGCCAGCAUCCUGGCAAGGCUGCAGGGCAAACCACCUACAAAGAAGGCUAAAGUCCUGCACAAGGCAGCAUGGUCUGCCAAAAUUGGGGCAUUCCUCCAUUCCCAGGGGACAGGGCAACUAGCAGAUGGAACGCUGACAGGCCAAGAUGCCCUUGUCCUGGGCUUUGACUGGGGAAAGUACCUGCAGGACCAUGGUUACAAGGCUGCCCCCGUCAGCUGCUUCAAACACGUGCCGCUGUUUGAGCAGUGGGAGGACGUGAUGAAAGGGAUGAAGGUGGAGGUGUUGAACAGUGAUGCUGUGCUCCCCAGCCGGGUGUACUGGAUCGCCUCUGUCAUCCAGAUCGCAGGAUACAGGGCGCUGUUGCGCUACGAAGGCUUUGAGAAUGACUCCAGCCAUGACUUCUGGUGCAACCUGGGCACAGUGGACAUUCACCCCAUCGGCUGGUGUGCCAUCAACAGCAAAAUCCUGGUACCCCCCCAGACCAUCCACGCCAAGUACACAGACUGGAGGGGGUACCUCAUGAAAAGGCUGGUGGGAGCAAGGACCAUCCCUGUGGAUUUCCACAUCAAGAUGGCGGAGAACAUGAAGUACCCAUUCCGUCAGGGCAUGCGGGUGGAGGUAGUGGACAAGACCCAAGUGUCUCGGACGCGCAUGGCGGUAGUGGACACGGUGAUUGGUGGCCGGCUGAGGCUCCUCUAUGAGGAUGGAGAUAGUGAUGAUGACUUCUGGUGCCAUAUGUGGAGCACUCUGAUCCACCCAGUGGGCUGGUCACGUAGGGUGGGUCACAACAUCAAGAAGACAGAAGAAAAGCGCAGUGACAUGGCGAACCAUCCCACCUUCCGGAAGAUCUACUGUGAUGCCGUCCCCUACCUCUUCAAGAAGGUGCGGGCUGUUUACGCUGAGGGUGGCUGGUUCGAGGAAGGCAUGAAAUUGGAAGCUAUUGACCCCCUGAAUCUGGGCAACAUCUGCGUGGCUACUGUGUGCAAGGUCCUGCUGGAUGGUUAUCUCAUGAUCGGCAUUGAUGGGGCAGCAUCUGCAGAUGGCUCUGAUUGGUUCUGUUACCAUGCCUCCUCACAUGCCAUCUUCCCUGUCAACUUCUGCCAGAAGAACAACAUCGACCUGACCCCUCCAAAAGGGUAUGAUGCAAAGAAUUUCAAUUGGACAAGUUACCUGGAAAAGACCAAAUCAAAAGCUGUGCCAGUGCGGCUCUUCAACAUGGACUGCCCAAACCAUGGCUUCAAGGCCGGCAUGAAGCUGGAAGCAGUGGAUUUGAUGGAGCCCCGACUCAUCUGCGUGGCCACUGUAAAGCGUGUGGUCCACCGCCUCCUCAGCAUCCACUUUGAUGGCUGGGACAGCGAGUAUGACCAGUGGGUGGACUGUGAGUCACCAGAUAUCUAUGCUGUAGGCUGGUGUGAGCUGACGGGCUACCAGCUGCAGCCACCAGUGGCCCCAGAGCCCAUGACGCCAGUGAAGGUCAAGGAGGUGCCGAAGAAGAAGAAGAAACCCUAUGGAAAGAAAAGGAAAAAGAUGUCUGCCAAAACCCGGUCCCUCAAGAUGGCAGCCAAGAAACCAGCUGGCCCAAAAGCAAAGCGGGAAGCAAAAGCUGCAAGCAAGGCCUUACUGGAGCCAGCACCUGAUGAGAUUAUCACUGUGCAAGUGAAAGAGGAAACUAUCGACCCGUCAGCAGUGGAAUUCGGAGCCCCAGAGCUUCCCAUUCUGAUAAGCAGCAUAAAGCAGGAGGUAGAGGACUAAUCCCUGAUCCCUCGGGUGGGAUCUCCUGGCCUUGAGCAGGGAUGUGCACUGCACUCUGGGGAAGCCCCGAGUAAAGCUGUGCAGGAGACAAGAAGGGGCAUCGUUCCUUUGGGCUGGGCACUCCCAAAAUGUGUCAAAACUCCCUUUUAUCCUUGCAAGAGAACAAUCCCCAGUGCCUGCGAGCUCCAUUUUGGAGGGUUUUUUUAAACCCCAGGUCACAGCUUCCAGAAAAGGCACCAAACUUUGAAAGCAAUACAGCUCAUACUUAGCUGAUGGGCUGGAGUCUGAGGGUGGAUUUCUGAGUCUGGGAAAUCCUAUUAGCCCACAGACAUGACUCUUUCUGAGCUCUGUAGGAAGCUGCUGCUGCACUGUGGGGAAUGCUAGCAUUUCAGGCUGGUGUCUGGAGCCUGCAAACUGUGAUCUGAGAAGCAUCGAAGUUGCAGAAUCACAACCACUGUGUGCGGUCUCAGGGGGAGCAAGUAAGUCAGGAACAUGGCUGCUGUCGCUAGGGGAACAACCAUGAUGUGCUGCUCAUCCCUCUCUCCCAUCCUCUCUGUGACAUGGACAUGGAACCAAAGAGGGCUCUAGAGAGCAGCUGGGAAAUGGAGGAGAUAGAAAACAAGUUACAGGAGGGAAUCUCUCUCUUGGUUUUACUCAUAAAUUAAUUUUUUCACCUGCUGUGAGAUGAGCUAAAUCUUAUCCAGCCCAGAAGAAGACAGCAGGGUAUUUAUGUUGGCUCUUUUCCCCACUCCAAGCCGCACAAUACUGCUGGAUGAUUAUUCUAUUUUUACAAUCCCAGAGUAAAUUCCACCAAUGAAAUGUACCGUAAUGCUCUGUAAAUAAAAUGUAAUAGAAGGUCAAAGACUUGCCUGUUGGUUUCAGGAACUGCAAAAUGCCUGCUCCGAUCAAGAGGUGAGAGGGGAAGUCUGAACACGAAAGCAAUAAGGAGGGUGUGGGUGUGGUGGUUGUAUUGUAGCCCUCAGGUACCCACCUCUGCUUGUUUGUAAGAUCUGCAAAGAGCAAGUGCCAGCUGCUAGCGACAUGGCACAGUAGGGGAGGCUCCUUGUCAGCUGCUCUGGUAGAAUUACUUUCUAGGACUCUGCAAGGGUCCCCAAGCCAAGUCCUCAAUCAUGGCAACAUGAAGGAUGUGCAUGUACACCCAGCAAAUGGAACCGCCAGCUAGGAUGGAGUGUGUGUAGGGGAGGUGAACUUUGCCGGGCACCAGUUGGCACAGAACUGUUUGUUCUUGUGGCGUUAGUCUGUCCCCCACCCAUGCUGAGCUUUGACUUUCAUACAAGCCGAUGCUCAGGUGUGCAGUAAUAGAUGUUCUAGCUCCUUUGUCGAGUGAAUUUUUUUUCAGGGGGUUCUGCCUUUUCCUUCCAUUGCUGCUUUCCUUAAG